AUGGAAAUGCCCCUAUCCAACUUUGCUCAGCUUUCCGACUUCAUGUAUCCUCGGCAGGUAUCACACACUGCAGAGCAUAAGCAGGAGCAGGUGUCUGAGAGGCCCAGACGAGAUGAUGUUGCCCCGGUGUAUUGUGAGGAGUACUUCGAACCAGCUCAGCAAGCGGCUGAACAAAGCGAACCGCAACCAACACAAGAUCAGGAUGAGGACACUUCAGAGCAGAAAAUCCCACAAGAUCGUAGGCAAUCUGCUGCUUCGGGCACUUCUGACGACAGCAACGAGCACAAAGCUGCCAAAGCAGGUUCCUCACACGACUCCAAGAACUAG